AGAGAUGUCGGGCUUACGCAAAACCUCCAUUGCCCUAAUGCGGCGGUGGCUCUGCCACCGCGACGAUGCUGCCGCAUGCGGGCCCUGGGCCGGGCACGGGCGUGGACGGGGCUGCGCCACCCAGCGGCGUGGGGGUGGCAACGGAAAUUGAAAAAUCCAUUGCAAGGCAGCGCCUGCGACAGGGGCAGUCGGAGACGGCGAAGAAAUUAAAUGUCAGUCACUUGGCCGCCACUGCAGUGCCAGCGACGGAAACAGCGACAGCCACAGCAGCCAGAACCGCCUCCUCGACAGCCGGAGUGCGCCCCUACUCUGAGGUGCCCGGUCCAUAUUCCUUGCCCCUGUUUGGAAACUCCUGGCGCUUCGCUCCGCUCAUUGGAACUUACAAGAUUAGCGAGCUGGACAAGGUUAUGAAUGAGCUGCACGUCAACUACGGCAAAAUGGCCAAGGUGGGUGGCCUGAUUGGUCAUCCGGACCUGCUGUUCGUCUUCGACGGCGACGAGAUACGUAACAUAUUCAAGAAGGAGGAGGCCAUGCCCCACCGAAUUAACACGGGAGAAAGAUGUCGGGCUUACGCAAAACCUCCAUUGCCCUAAUGCGGCGGUGGCUCUGCCACCGCGACGAUGCUGCCGCAUGCGGGCCCUGGGCCGGGCACGGGCGUGGACGGGGCUGCGCCACCCAGCGGC